AUGGUUGAAUUCCUGGAGACUGACAAGAAUGAUAAGACUGACAACACCGACAGCACCGACAAGACCAACACCCACAACACCCACAACACCCACAACACCCACAACACCAACAACACCAACUACACCAACAACACCAACAAUACCGAUAACACCGACAACACUGACAGCACCGACAACACCGACAAUAUUGACAACACCGAUAACUUGACAACACUCCCAGCACCGACAAGACCAACCAACACCCACAACACCCACAACACCCACAACACCAACAACACCAACUACACCUACAACACCAACAACACCGGUAAGACCGAAAAAAGCCUCAAGGCUCUCAGUACUUGCUGCUAUUGGAGUACGACUUCUUAA